CGAUAACCAGUUUUUAAUUUCAUCAUCUUAUGCCACUAUAUAAAAUAGUGUCUUUUUAUCUUAACCAAAAAUGUUUGUAUUCAUUCAAGUGAUUUUCCCUCCUAACGAGAAGUUUCAUAUUCAAGUAAAAAUAUAGCCAUGCCAUGCUGUCUUGCUUACAUAAUCUGAAAGAAAAGUUAUGACAGAUGUGUGUAUUUGUUCUUUUUAAACAGAAAACUGAUUACAUUUAUUCUACACAAGCAGUGGGAAAUUCCAACAAAAAGACAAAAAUGUCUACAGUUACAGAAAAACAUGAAGCUGAGAUGUGCUAUGGAGGAGAAGCUGAUCUACACACGCGUGUUACUGGCUGUAAGAAGAAUCCAGGUCACAACGGUUUUAUACCGCUUAAAAAUUUCAAUACAAAUCAUCUCCCCCGACGUUACCAGAACGACCUCAUGUAUGAGACAAUCCAAACAUUGGCAGCCCUAACUGUCCAGAUAAAGACUAAAUUCACCAGUCUAGAGAGACCAGAGUUUUACCCAGGCACUCAAGUUCCAUAUCCAUGUUAUAAUGACAGAGGAAGUCACGUGAUGAGGUUAGGUACGGGGAGGGUGUGUCUAGCGACCAAGGUCAGUUUUGAUAACUUUACCUGUCCUUGUGCCAAGUGUCUAGUCUCUACCACACCGAGCAAAGUGUGGGGGAGGGUUUCUGUGAAGACAGCCAUGCAUGUGGUGUUUGAUCACAGUGAGGCGAGAAAGACCAGUUGUGUUUUAGGUUUUGAUGACAAUAAAAGUCCAGGGAUCAGUCUUGAUGGCUGGGAUAUAGGAUAUGUAAACAUUAUGGGAGACUUUUGUGAGUUGCGAUAUUGGACAUGUGACUUAGAGUUGGUUGAUGAACUGCAAAAGAAGUGUGACCGCUUUUAUGAUCUAUGUGGGGAAGUAAGGGACAGAUACAGGGGAUUAGUUGACAAAAUCAAGUUGACCGUUAUAGUGUCACAUCCUCAUGGCUGUCCUAAACAGGUAUCUGUAGGACAAUGGACACAAAAACGUGAGAGGGAUGGCUACAAAAUCAGGUACUGGUAUACAACAUGUACAUGCCCAGGCUCCAGUGGAGCGUGUGUCUACAGGCCGAGACAUAACUUGAGGUCGUAUAACCAUCCCCACAGUGGAUCACACUUUGGAUUAAAUUAUAGUGCGGAGUGGUGAGACUGAUGUAACUGUUAGUUCUCUCCCCUUGUCUUCACAAUGUAAACAAACAAAAUGGCCGAACCUUUACCGUCAUUUCAACUGUUUGUGUUGAGACUUGCAUGUGUUGUAAACAUUGUAUUACAUUUAAAUUAUUACAACACAUGUUUAAAUUGUUAAAAAUCGUUUAACCGUUAAAAUGUGCAUCUACCAUAAUUUUUAUGUUUAUCGUUGUAAAUAUUUUGUCUUUUACAAAAUUUGGCAAAAUUGUUCUAUGCUUUCAAUGAAUUGUAACUUAACAUAUU